AUGAAAAGACAAAACGUUCGCACACUUUCGCUUGUGGUUUGUACGUUCACAUAUUUGCUGAUAGGAGCAGCUGUUUUCGAUGCAUUGGAAUCAGAUACAGAAAGCAAGAGAUGGGAGGUUCUAUCGGAUAUGAAAAAUGGUCUUGUUCGUAAAUACAAUAUAACUCCGGAAGAUUACCACAUGAUAGAGAUUGUCAUAAUUGAGAACAAGCCUCAUAAGGCUGGUCCACAGUGGAAGUUUGCUGGGGCUUUCUACUUUGCAACCGUUGUGCUCGCUAUGAUAGGAUAUGGACAUUCCACCCCUGUAACUGUUGGAGGAAAAGCAUUUUGUAUGGCUUAUGCUAUGGUGGGUAUUCCCUUGGGUCUUGUGAUGUUUCAAAGUAUUGGUGAACGUCUGAAUAAGUUUGCUUCAGUGGUAAUAAGAAGAGCAAAAUGCUAUCUUCGUUGUAACACAACCGAGGCUACGGAGAUGAACUUAAUGUUUGCAACUGGAAUGCUGUCUUCUAUUAUUAUUACAACUGGAGCAGCCGUUUUCUCUCGUUACGAAGGAUGGAGUUAUUUCGAUAGCUUUUAUUACUGCUUUGUGACGCUCACGACUAUUGGGUUUGGUGACUAUGUAGCCUUACAGGUAAGCCGACACAUUCUAUUUUAUAAUGAUCAAGCCCUAACAAGCAAGCCCGGGUAUGUUGCACUUAGUCUAGUGUUCAUUUUAUUUGGCCUCGCCGUCGUAGCUGCUAGUAUCAACUUGUUGGUGUUGAGAUUCAUGACCAUGCAAGCAGAGGAGAAUGCUCGGGAUGAAGAUAAAGAUGGUUCCAGAACUGUGUUACCAGUUGAUGGGCAGGUAUGUUCUUGUAACUGUCUCGGCAACAAACAGUGCUCUGGGCCACGCGCGAGGGAGCUUCCCCCAGAUCUAAUAGAAAGGGCAUCUGUCUAA